AUGAAGCCCUCCACUUCUGCCGUGUUGGCCACCCUCUUUGGGUUGAGCGCUGCUCAGUGUGCCAGGGACAACUGCCUUAGAGCUAUCGUGGCCAGUCAGAUCACCACCCGAUCCGGUACUGCCGACUGCUCCAGGUUCCUGCAGGUGACCGUCUACCCCGGUGCCUCCACUACCACCGAGACCGUCACGGUCCCGACCAGCGGCGUCUUCACCUCGACUACCACCGUCACCGAGACCGGCUCGGCCCCCGUACAGACCAUCGUGGUCUCCGAGGGCGCCGUCGUCUCCGCCACCGAGACCAGCGUCGUCGGCAUCACCGAGGCUACCACCGUCGCAACGGAGACCAUCGUCAUCCCUACGACCGUCCUUGUGUCCAGCACUCGUACCCUCGUCUUUGGUUCUACCCAGAUCACCACCGUUGCCACCGAGACCCAGACCGUGUACCAGACCAUCGCUCUCAAGAAGCGCCAGAGCCCUGUGACCGCCGUGUCCGGCACAUUCCCAUCAUACGCAAGUGCCUGCAGCUCCGUCGCCCGCUAUGCCUCAGCCUGCUCGUGCCUCGGCGUCUUGCCCAACACCGUGACCUCGUCGACCGCCGUCGUCACCGUCACCGCCUCGGUCCCGGCCACGAUUCUGUCCACCGCCGUCACGACCGUCACCGUCACCAGCCAGGUAUCGGCUUCAAUCGUACUCACGACCGCGACAUCUACCUCCACCGCUCUCGAGACGGUUGUCGUCACUUCCACAGACCUCGAGUCGGUGACUGCCACGCAGUCCGUCACUAGCACCGCCACGGAGCUCGUUGAGGAGACCACUUCUGUGACUUCCACUUUCUUUAACAACGCUACCUUCACAACUCUCGUUACCCGAACCACUUCGGUGCCCCUUAUUUCCAACAGCACCACCCUCACUUCCACCAUCUCCGCGUCGAUUUCCGCGUCCGAGACUACUAGCUUUGCCAACACCACUACGAGCUUGGUCUCCAGCAGCUCCAUGUCGACGCUCUCGCCCAACACCACCACGAGCUCGGGGUCUGCGUCUAUCACGCCCAGUGUCUCGUCAACCACCGGCUUUUCCAACACCUCGACGUCGGCAGUUGAGACCGCGACUAGCUCGUCUUUCUCGAGCUUCUUGCCCAACGGUACUUCCACUUCGGUCUCUGCUUCUUCGACCGGCUUCACUAAUGCUACUUCCACUUCUGCCUCUGCGUCUGCGUCUUCAACUGGCUUCGCUAAUGGCACUUCGACUGUGACUUCUCUGUCUGCUUCUUCCACUAUCUUCCCCAACACUACUUCCACUCAGACAUCCCUGUCCGCUACUUCGACUCCGUUCUCCAACACGUCGACGUCGGCAGUCGAGACCGCGACGAGCUCGUCUUUCUCGAGCUUCUUCCCCAACGGUACUUCCACUUCGGUCUCUGCUUCUUCGACCGGCUUCACUAAUGCUACUUCCACUUCUGCCUCUGCAUCUGCGUCUUCAACUGGCUUCACUAAUAGCACCUCGACUGUGACUUCUCUGUCUGCUUCUUCUACUAUCUUCCCCAACAUUACUUCCACUUCUCUGUCCUCUUCUUCCACUCUCUUCCCCAACGGCACGCUCACUUCGACAAGCCUGUCGGUCACCUCGACUCUUUCCCUGAACGUCACUGCCACUUCCUCUGCUUCUUCAACUGGCUUCGCUAAUGCCACUACUUCUACCGGGACUUCGCUGUCCGCUUCCUUCACCCUCUCCCCUAAUGUCACCGCCUCCGCGACUUCCUUGUCUUCGUCGGUUGUUUUCCCGAACGGCACCACGACCGGCGCCUCGACAUCCGCUUCUUCAACUCUCUUUUCUAACACCACCACAACCGUGUCGUCUACGAGUUCUGCUAUCAGCAUCACUGACAUCUUUCCUACCCCCACGGUGACUGGCAGCAGCUCUUCCUUCACCUCCAUCAGCAACAGCACCGUAUCACCACCCAUCUUCAUCGAGUCCACAACCACUUCCACAGAGGUGACCUCCACUGCCACCUCUUCCGCAGAGACCACCUCUUCCGCAGAGACCACCUCGUCCUCGGCCUCUGCCUCCUCCACAGAGGAAGCCACUUCUUCCUCGACGGUUGAGAGCAGCACCUUCACCACCAGCACCCUCGCCACCAGCACCCGCACCAGCACCUCCUCCUCCGCGACUGCGACCCCUACCGGCAACUUCGUCCGUAACCUCUGCCUCAAGGUCGUCACCGGCCCCGUCCCCGGCUCCGUGGUCGCCCCCGGCUCCAACCGCCUCACCAUCAAGCCCACCGGCACCACCGCCGCCCGCUUCGACAUCAACCUCUCCACCGGCCAGGUCUACCAGUCCGACGGCAGCCUCAUCGCCGCCCCCGCGCCGUACGAGAACGACUUCCGCCCUGUCCACGGCUUCACGCCGCGCCAGGUCCUCGUCCGUAAGCUCGCGCCCCUCGUCUGCGCCGUCACCAACGGGUCUGUCACCGUCGGCGUGCCUCUCUCCUGCACGGCCUCGGGCGACGACGGCGCCAACACCAACGACUACUCGCGCUUCUUCUACAACCGCAACUCGGCCGACUCGAUCCUCCACAUCGCCACCGCCGGCAGGAGGUUCACCAACAACAACCAGGAAAUCACCCUGGCCCCCUACGACGGCGACGACUGCAUCUAA